GUUUGUUAGUCAAUCCUCGAAAACUGGCGCAGCAUUAGUCGAUAGUUUACAGUAAAGCACUCCUGUAGUCACAAGAUCUGACCAGACGAGGGCGCACGUGAUCAAAUCCUCACCUCGCUUCCCUCAGCGCGAGCACCGUUGGUCAGUAGAAAACACUGCGCAAUCGCGUGCAGCAGGAUCGGUGGAGGACUGGCUGCCGCGCGCUAUUCUUCAGGGACAUUUUUCGGAGCCUCGUCGUUCUUGUUGAUUUCCGCCGGCGGCGGCGAUCAUGGAGGCGGUGUCCGGCGCGGAAGCGCCCAGAGUGGUGGGCGCGAGCCGCGGCGUGGAGCGCGCGCUGGAAGAGGCGGCGGGCUCGGGCUCGCUCAACCUCAGCGCGAGGAAGCUGAAAGAAUUCCCGACAGCGGCCGCGCACUAUGACCUCAGCGACACGGUGCACGCAGAUCUUUCAAAAAAUCGUUUGACGGAAGUUCCUCUUGAAGUCGCACGUCUUGUUUCAUUGGAAACGCUGAACCUUUAUCACAACUGUAUCAAAAGCAUUCCUGACACCAUCAUCAGCCUGCAGUCUCUCACAUCAUUAAAUAUCAGUCGCAACCAGCUGUCAGUGUUGCCGGUGUGUGUGUGUGGUCUUCCUCUGCGAGUCCUCAACGCCAGUAACAACAAACUCAAUGCUCUGCCGGAAAGCAUUGGCCAGCUCACCAGCCUCAUGGAACUGGAUGUGAGCUGUAAUGAGGUUACGGCUCUCCCGCGCCAUAUCGGACGGCUCAAAGCUCUACGAGAGCUCAACGUGCGCCGGAACCUUCUGUGUGUCCUGCCUGAAGACUUGGCAGAUCUACCUCUGGUAAAGUUUGAUUUCUCCUGUAAUAAAGUUUCCACUAUUCCCAUCUGCUACCGCAAAAUGACUCAGCUACAAUCACUACAUCUAGAGAACAACCCACUACAGAGCCCCCCAGCACAGAUUUGUAUAAAGGGGAAGGUUCACAUCUUUAAGUACCUCACCAUGGAGUCGUGCCGCAGCGACAAGAUGGCCGACGCGCUCUACCUGCCUGUUAUGGACCACCUCAGCCUAUCACGUCCCACCACUGGCAGUACGGAGGACAUUGAUCAACAUAAGAAACUUGACAGUGACUCUGGGGUAGGCAGCGAUAAUGGGGACAAACGCCUUUCUGCCACAGAGCCAUCUGAUGAGGACAGUCUGAGUCUAAAUGUCCCCAUGUCCAACAUCACAGAAGAGGACGGAAUAUGUAAAGACGACUCCAUCGAGCAUAUCAGUUCACUGACAGCAGACCAAAGCCCCUCUGACUCAGGACAGUUUGGCUACAGAGAUUCUGCCUAUACUACACGAUUCGUCAACUACAUCAAGGGUCGAGGUGUUGACUUCGACGAGCCCCUCAGAAUUGAGGAAGACAGUAACUGGGCAGCUGAGCAAUCGUCAAAGGUUAACCUGAUCAGCCCACUGAAAGAGGCUGUGGAGCUGUUGCAGAAUCCUAACAGAAUGAACAUGAGCUCAGCUGAUUUGGCUGGAAUUAAACUCUACCCAGUGGAAAUGGUCACAGUGGACGAAUCUCUUAAUGGUCAGGAGAGUGAAGACGGACAGACAACGCCUAAGGAUGGUCCGGAUGAAGGCUGGGAGUUCCAGAGGAAGAGGCAGUAUAUUCUCAAACGGGCUCGCCUGGAGGCCCAGCUUGCGUGCCAGCAGUACACCUUCUAUGUGGCUCAAAAGGGUGAGAUGAUUUGUCAGGAGAAGACAGAUGAUGGUCGAGCAGAGCAAGAGAAUAGUGAAGCCAAGAGCCCAGUGUUUUCACCACCAUUCGGCUUGAAGCCCCGAUCAGCUCCACCCUCUGUCCCUUGCGUGCCUUUGUCCAUCAGUAGAGACACGCCCAGUAGGCCACAUGAUGGAUGCAUUCUGCGCAGUGUUUUCCUGAGAACUCCUAAGAGUCUAGAAUCAGUGGAUCCUCAGUUCACCAUGAGGAGGAAGAUGGAACAACUCAGAGAGGAGCUGGAGCUCAUGGAGCAGCUACGAGAGAGCAUUGAGAGCAGACUGAAGGUUGUGCUUCCUGAAGAUCUCGGCUCCUCGCUCAUGGAUGGGGUGGUGCUCUGUCAUCUAGCCAAUCACGUUAGACCACGCUCGGUCGCUAGCAUCCACGUUCCUUCACCAGCAGUACCCAGGCUCAGUAUGGCUAAAUGCCGCCGGAAUGUUGAGAACUUCCUGGAUGCUUGCAGGAAGAUUGGUGUUCCUGAGGACAAAUUGUGUCUCCCUCAUCACAUUCUGGAGAAGGGACUAGUGAAAGUGGGUAUCACCGUUCAGGCACUGCUGGACGAGGCCUCGGUGAAACAGAACCUCUUCACAUGAACCCUGUUUUAGCUAUUGUACAUAACCUUGAUGAACCUUAAUGAAACAUUUAUCAUUUUCUAUCAUGAUAUCUGACAUGCACGCUAAUUUUCCAGUCAACGUUUAUUAGCCUCAUAGUCCAGAGGUGAACACAUGGAUAAAACAUUCCUUAUUUAAUAUCUAUUUAUUAAGAAAGAGUAGGGUUUUUUAAAAAAAGGUCUCGGUCCAUUACUACAGUUUACUCAGUUCAUCAUUUUAUUUUAUUCCACGCAUUAUUUACAAACUGACCCAAGUCAAUUCUGUUAAAUUGUUGUACUGUUAUGUAUAUGGAUCAAAUGGUGUGCAUUUGUGUUAAUAACACGCAGUUUUACUUGUUCUCAUAAUGCUGAUAGUGACUCCAUUAGUACACUCCUCUGCGUGUUAUGAGUCCUAACCGAUAUCAGUGAAUAAUGACAGACCUUUGUAUGAAAAAUGUACCUGAACCAAAUUUGAUUUAAAAAAGAAAAAAAAGAACUGCUUAGUAAUGAACUCAGACCUUUGGACUGUAUAUGUAUGUACGUCUGUGUGCUCUCUCUCUCUCUCUCUCUCUAUCUAUCUAUAUAUAUAUAUAUAUAUAUAUAUAUAGAGAGAGAGAGAGAGAGAGAGAGAGAGAGAGAUAGAUAGAUAGAAAGAGCACAUACUGUAUAUAGAAGAGAUGUAAUUGAAUAUGAAUACAUUAUUUGGACUGAACAGAUAAUGGGAUCUAAACAGAUAUACAAAUACGAACAAGAGGCACACUAUUGUUUUUUGUUUGUUUUUUAAAGAAAGUUUGACAGAAAGGUUUACACGGCAUCUGGUUGAGACUACAGAUGGGCUUUGGGAAUGGGAUCUCAUUGGACGCAGGAAAAAAAAAGUUGCGUGAGCAGACAGUUUUCACUUUCAUUCUCUCUCUAUCACACACACACAGAGAAAGAGAGAAAUUUGAGUUUUUUUCCCGAGUAAUGUUCAAUUUUCAGUGAGAUCGAACAUGUUUUAAAACCAUACAAAGUGAUAUUUGGAGAAUUAGAGAGGCAGUGCUGUGUGUAGUGGAAUGGCCUACCUGGUCACCUAACCUUAUCCUGUCCAGGUGCUCUGCUGGAAUCAGAUCAAGGUGUGUGUGUGAGUGAGUGAGAGAGAGAGAUUUAAAAAAAAAAAAAUUU